CUGCUGCUGCCUUUUGCACUGUCUCCACUUUCAGAGUGACAUCACUGGAGUUUCCCUCUGCAGAAGCAGCUUCCACUGCAUAAAUACUACAAGCUCUCUCGCAGAGGUUCACUCUAACACAAUAGCAACACAAAGAGAGAAGUACCACCAAAGAGCUCUAGAAGCACUUGAGGACACAGACACAGCAUCCAGUAAAGUUUUUAGUUGGUAGAUAUUUUAAAACAGCAAGCAGUUGUGAACAGCAUGGUUGCGUACACAACCACACUGGGUGACGUGGAGAUGGGUCUUGAGGACAGGACGGUGGUUUUGGUAGAAAAGAAGUCAUGUACAGGGCAGAUAUGGAAGGCGUCAGGGGCCCUUCUCAUUGUGGCCCUUUGUUUGGGAGGGGUCCUGCUGUUUGCUUGGUGCUGGAAUGGAAGGCCAGAAAUUAUGAUGCAAUCAGGCCAAACAGAAGCACAAGUAAAGGAGGACACAUCGAAGAAAACAGAUCCCCACUACACGCUGAGCCGAAUCAGCAGCAAAGCCAAGGCAGCCAUCCAUUUAGAAGGUAUCUACAACGAUGAGAGUUCGGAAAACCAGCUGGAGUGGAGAAACGAUCAAGGCCAGGCGUUUGCUCAGGGAGGUUUCCAACUAGUGAAGAACCAGAUUGUUAUCCCACAAACUGGCCUCUACUUCGUCUACAGCCAGGCAUCGUUCAGAGUCUCCUGCAGCAAUGGCAACGAGGAAAGAGCGGGAAAAGGCCUUACUCCUCUCAGCCACAGGGUCUGGCGUUACUCAGACUCCAUAGGAGGCAACGCUUCUCUGAUGAGCGCGGUGAGGUCGGUGUGCCAAAACACAGCUAAGGAGGACAACACAUCCGGACACGGCUGGUACAACGCAAUUUAUCUGGGUGCAGUGUUUCAGCUAAAUAAAGGAGACAAACUGUGGACGGAAACCAACCAGUCACCAGAGCUGGAGACCGAUGAGGGCGAGACUUUCUUCGGUGCGUUUGCACUAUGAAAUGACUCUUUGCUGUGAUACUAACAGGAAAGAUACAAAACUCUGCACAGUGUUUUUUUUUUUGUUUAUUAUUAUUCAUCUUCAUGGUGAUGUAGAAAUGUUUAAAUCUCAAAGGAGAUAAAGCUUGUAGCCAAGCAGGCGCUGCGGAUUUUUAAAAAGUCCUAUAAACUGUAACAGUUUGCAACAUUAUUUCCACUUUGAGCACUUUUUGUACAUUAUUUAUGCUGACCUGAGAUUGUAGUAUGCUGGACUUUUUCUGCUCUAUCAGAUCACGACACAGGCUCUUCCCUGGAGAGUUUAGUUCAAGGAUUAUAAUGAUAAUGGUCAGAGCUACUAUCAUGUACUUUUACAACUUGUAUGUAUUUAUUUGUAUUUAUUUAUAUUUAAAUCUUUGGGUUAGGUGUUAAAGAUGAUAUUUAUAUACUUAAUUAAAAUGCA